CUGAAGUUCUCAUGGGGUGGUCAGUUUCCAUGUGACAACCGUGGACAUAGGAGCCCUGGAGAAGGCAGGAGGUGUCUGGGCUACAGCUGCUCUAUAGUGUGAUCCAGGACAGGAUAUGAAGCUUCCCUGAAAACUUGUAAUGGACACAGGAAAUACCAGAUGUCAUUGUAAAAGCAAGAUAAAGGUCUGCCUGCUUUCAUUCUAAUCCAUGCAAUGUAUUUUGUAUUUCCAGCCAUCAGCUGUAUGGGAGAAAGACUGUCUUUUCGGGAUCGUUCCCUAUUUUUUUGGCCAGUAGUCUCCCUGUGCUGUACUACGUCGAAGAGUUUUUGGAAGUAGUUGUGGAUGUCCGUGUCUUUAUUAUCCCUUUUCACCCCACCCAUCCUGCUAAGUCAACUGGGCAAUCUGACAAGCAUAUCUGCAAGCUGCUGCAGGUGGAAUGACUGGAGACGUCACACUUCUUAUUCACCUGUUGGACAAGUUGCUGAAAAACUUACUAGACGGGUUUGCACCACUUCGGGGCGGAGGGAGAAAAAGGUAAAACAAAUAAAAGAGAAUUGCACUGAACGUAGAAAACUGAAAAGUGUCUCCACUCCCCGCAAUGCGAGUAGUACGAUCCCAGAACGCUUACUAUGUCGCAAAGUUGGAGUUGCUGGAAGAGAGCCGGCCAGAAGUAAACCAGGUAUGAGUGGCGUGGGGCCUUCGCCGUUUUACUACACUUUAUACUGCUAUGGGUGACACUAGCGAAAUUGGAAACAUGUCCUCACAGUGCCCUACGGAUGAAAACAUGGACGACCCCAUGUAUGAGGAGUUAUGUAUAGACGAUGACGGCGAUGCCUUUGUCAACAAUACAACUGAACACGGCCUCCCACAAAAUUUGAGCCUGUGGCCUAACGCCUAUCCAGUUGUCUGGCCGAUUUCACCCUCCGACGACUGUGAAAAUGAAGUGUUGCCCAGUGAGAAUUCCAGCGACAGAGGCAGCGCAGAUAGUGCCAAUCCUCAGGAAGCACGGAGUCGCACUUCAUCCUUAGUGAACGGAUUGCUGACAGAACUCUACGACACAUACCGUGGGGGACUUGGAAUAGGUCGUUGGCAAUAUCAGGAUAGCGUGGACAGCUCGACUGAAGCAUCCGGAUCGGAUGCCUUUCUGAGCAGAAGUAACCCUGAAUGUGGAUUCCUGCAGGAGUUGUCAGAACUCCAGGGCCGCAGGCAUCAAAAACUGUUCCUCAGGCAGAAAGAUUGCAGUGAACUGAGAACAAUAAGGGGAGAACUUAAACGUCGUAUUGAGGUUCAGUCUGCCAAGCUCUUGCGCCAGUUGAGGCAGAAGGACAGACUACAGCACAAACAGCAAAAAAACUGUGAUAUUGUUACUGCCUGUCUGCAGGCGGUCUCCCAGAAACGUUGGUAUGUGCACAGAGGCGUAUGCAGAGAAGGAGGUUUAGGGAUCCCCCAAGCAGUUGAUGACAACCUAUUUGGUUUAGGGGUAGACACAAAAUUGAAAUUUACCUUGGAACCUUCCCUGGGGCAACAUGGGUUUCAACAGUGGUACGAUGCACUCAAAGCUGUUGCCAGACUACCUACUGGAAUACCUAAAGAGUGGAGGAGGAAAGUAUGGCUGACACUUGCAGACAACUACUUACAUAGCAUCUCUAUAGACUGGGAUAAAACUAUGCGCUUUACAUUCAAUGAAAGGAGCAAUCCUGAUGACGACUCAAUGGGAAUUCAAAUUGUCAAGGACCUCCACAGGACUGGCUGUAGCUCCUACUGUGGACAGGAGGCAGAACAGGAUAGAGUGGUACUUAAACGGGUUCUUUUGGCUUACGCCAGAUGGAACAAGUCGGUUGGCUACUGUCAAGGGUUUAAUAUUUUGGCUGCACUCAUCCUGGAAGUAAUGGAGGGCAAUGAGGGCGAUGCACUAAAGAUAAUGAUUUACCUUAUAGACAAAGUGCUGCCGGACAGUUACUUUGUCAAUAAUCUACGAGCGCUUUCGGUGGAUAUGGCUGUAUUUAGGGAUCUCUUGAGGAUGAAACUCUCUGAACUAUCUCAUCACCUGGAUGUACUUCAGAAAACUGCAAACAAGGAGAGUGGUGGAGGUUAUGAGCCCCCACUUACGAAUGUCUUCACUAUGCAAUGGUUCUUGACUUUAUUUGCAACUUGUCUUCCGAAUCACACUGUUCUGAAGAUCUGGGACUCGGUGUUCUUCGAAGGUUCAGAGAUCAUACUAAGAGUGGCACUGGCAAUUUGGGCAAAGCUCGAAGAGCAGAUUGAGUCUUGCCAGGAUGCAGAUGAUUUCUACAGUAUGAUGGGCAAACUGACGCAGGAGAUGCUUGAAGACAAUCUGAUAGAUAGCCAUGAACUUAUGCAGACUGUGUACUCCAUGGCCCCUUUCCCAUUUCCACAACUUGCAGAGCUAAGGGAGAAGUACACCUAUAACAUCACACCUUUCCCAGCACCUGUAAAGUCUGCUUCAUUCUCUGGGCGACCAAGCAAAAUGCGAGACAGCGAUGAAGAAAACGAUGAAGAUGAAGACAUAAAUGCCAAUUCUGUUGGCUGUCUUGGCCCAUUUAGUGGACUUUUAGCCCCGGAACUGCAGAGGUACCAGAAACAAAUAAAAGAGCAUAAAGAAGAGCAGAAACUUGGCAACAUUGCAGAGCUCAGUCCCGGUGCAAUUGACUCGUGUCGUGGAGAAUAUCAUGCUGUAUUCAAUAGUAUGAUGAUGGAGCGCAUGACCACUGACAUCAAUGCCCUAAAACAACAGUACUCAAGGAUUAAGAAGAGGCAACUGCAGCAAAUUCACCAGGUCUACAUAAGAGCAGGACUCGAAGAAGAAAGGGAUCCUGGGAUUUUGUUUGAUCCCAGGGAUCAGCUGAAUAAUGAUAAAGGUCCGGUAAACAGUAUAUUGUCAUCACAGGUUAAUCAUUCCCCUGUUAUGAACCACCUGUUACUUGGCAAGAAGUUGAAGCAAGUAAACAGGUCUUCGAAAAACACUGUUGUGCAGUUACCAACCUCCAAAUCUAUGAUCUUACCCAAUGAAGAAGCCAAAGGCAAGCUGAAUUCUCCAUGGCGAACCCACAUCAGAGUUCAUAGAAAGAACAUUGCAAGGUCAAAAAGUCAGCUUGGCUAUGGGGAUACAAUUGGACUUAUAGAGGAGCAAAAUGAAGUCCCAAAAGAUCAGGUUGAUGCCACCAAAGAAAGCGAGGUCAUUGCAGAGAUUGCUGACUCAAUAGCAGAAGUGGAAAAUGGCUCAGAAAGGACAGUUAUGAAGGUUGAUGGACACUCUCCAGAGCCUGUUUUCCAGGAUGAAAAUGCAAAUGUGACUGUUGUACAGAGCAAACUAGAAGCACUGGAGCUGAGCUCCAUUGAUGAAACCAAGGACACGUCUGAGAUCAUCCAGUCUGUACAGCAAACACCUUCUGAUUCUAACAGCUCCUCCAGUGAAAGUGGAACUUUAUCAAAGUCAUCAAGGGGACAUGUUUUCACUCCUUUCCCAAGCGUUAAGCCACUAAGAAAAUCUACUGCUGCUAGGAAUCUAGGGUUAUAUGGGCCAAACAAUAGAACCCCAACAGUAAAUUUCCCACAUAUGAGCAGAAGUUUCAACAAGCCUUCCAAUGGCACUACAGGGAGCAAGAAACGAUAGCUCAGCAUUAGCACUUUCUUUCUGACAAACUCUUUUUUUGAUUUGAAUUCCUCUUGUUCUGCCAUUGCUUUCAUGAAAAAGAGUCAUGAAUGGAGUUUCUGAAAAUGUUGUACAGAUUUGUGCUCUGGUGUUAAAGGUGGUCCUGUUAUGAUUGUGUGCUACAAAUCUAGAAAACAAUCCUAGAUUAUGUAUGGCGAUAACAAUGUGGUAUUUGUUAAAUUAUUUUACAUUGAUUAAUUAUGCUAAUUGACUUAUUUAUUCAAAUGUUUUCUCCUUUUACAGUUUCUGCAGCCAUUCUACUGUUCACUUCAGAGUGCUAAAAGCCAAUUAGUCUUUACUCACUGGUGGAAAGUUCUAGGGACGUCUUGACUGUGUGUGGUGUCGGAUUAUGAGCCUUUACAGUGCAAUGCAAAUUAGUUCACAGAUUCAGUUUUAGGGCUAAGUUACAUGCUGGUUUGUUUUUCUGAAGUCACAUCUUGACAAUUAUUAAUUUUACUUGUAAAUUCAGAUGGUUCUUCUGUCGAAAUUUAGAGAAAUAAGAGGAAUCUCUUGAAUUGACAUAGCAGGUAAAUACGGAGUCAAGCCAAUAGAGGUGAUUAUUUGGGAAGGGUUAAAUUACUUUAAAUCAAUUUAAUUACAGCCAUAAUGGCGCUCACUGCAAAUGUAAUGAUGGUCCAGUUUAAGGUCUUAAAGAGAGUAACUGAUCCUAUUCAAGACUGGGUGGUUAGAAGCCAACCUGUGUAACUUGGCAUCUAAAUGGUUCUUCUCUAUGUAAUCAUCAUCCAGCAAGCCUCUUCAUUUUAUAUUCUCUAAAGAUGUAUUUUAGUGAAGUGUUUGCAUUUUACAGAAUGUACUGUUUACCAUGAUCAGUUCUGAGUGCCAAAUUUCAGUGCAUGCAUAGACUAAGGGAUACUUUGCAUUCAACCUGUAGCACUUCAAUUAUUACCUAAAUGUUGUGAAUAGGACCCAAAAUGAUUGCAGUGUAACACAGCAGCUGAAUACAGUAUAUAUUAUUAUUAUUAUUAUUGAGUACUUGUAUUUUGCAAUGUGGCUAUGCAAAUUAGUUUAAUUAGAAUUGUCCCAAGAUGAUCUAACCUUUUUUUUUUGUUUUAAGGUUUGUACAGUUGCAUGGAAAUUACCACCGUUUUUGUACUAGACAAGGCCUGGGAAAUGUAGUUAUUUAAAAAUGGAAAGAGCAAUUUCCACCCGACUGCUCAAGUUUUGCAUGCUUUGAUUUGCAUCUUGUGUUGCCUUGUUCUUCAGCUAUUUUACACGACAGAUUUUCUGUGCUGAUAUGUUUGUCUUUGUUUUCUUAGAAAACUCACACCUAGACAAACCCUUCUUUAUGUGUGAAAUGUCCUUUCAUUUAUUUGUUUUAUUGCGACCAAAUAUCACUUAUUCAUAAAGUGCCAGAUAGCAAGGGUUCUCUAAAAUGGUGACAAUGCAAAGUGAAAGUUUAAAUUGUUGUGGUGUUUCAUAGCUUUCUUUUUCUUUUUCAGUAAUAAAGACCUAAACUGCAUUGUAUAAUGUGUAAUUUUACGAUGGUAGUUAAUAAAAUUUCAUCUUGUCUAUUU